AUGUCACAGUUGAAAGAAAUUUCUAACGCGUUAAUGAGUUCGGUUUUGAGUUCAGUUGGCAGUUUUCGUUUAUUUGGAUUGGAAGAAGAAACUAAAGAAGAAAAGCCGGUUGAAUCUGAAGUCGAAGUUUAUAAUCCUCCUGAACCAAUUACAAUCGAUAAGUUGAGAAAUGUUAAUCGCGAAUUCGGGGUCAUUUAUACAUGUUUUCCUGAAAAUCGUGACGAAAAAUUUUCUCAUCAUCCUGAAUCUUACUUCACGUUGAGUUCAAAGGAAAAACUUUUGCUUCUGUUUGCUGAAAAUUUCCGGAGACAGUUCAAAGAACAUUAUGCUUCACGUCGUCCAUUGGUGCUUGCUGUUGAAAACGAAUGUCAAGUACAAAAGUUUGUUAGCACAACGAUCCGUCCAACUACUCUUGUAGAAUUUUCCGAAUUAAUCGACAAUUGGAGAGCAUGUGCAAGUUUUUUGGCAGAUCACAUCUUAUAUGAGCCUCUUGAAAAUCCGACUAAAAUCGUAAGUGAAAAUGUUUAA